CCCCCCGGGCCGCCUUGCCCGCUGCAUCCGCUGCUCGCCCGCCUGGAUCCAGUCGGGUAGAUUCCGCAAUCCAGCCGGAACUUUUUCUCCCAGUCGCGUGAGGCGUCCUCUCGGUAGGUGGCGCGUAUGGACGCGCCCCGAGACUUGAUCCUGCACCCAAAGAUCUCCCCCGAGAGGCGGCGCCCGGGCGUGCAGGUCAGAGGCGGCCCGGCCCACGCGCGCACAGCUGCAGGCGAGAGGCGGCGGCGUCCGCGGCCCCCUCCCCGCCUUCCCGGCGAGUCCGCCCCUGCGGCCGGGUCCGCGGCUCCCCGAGAACCGAUCCUGUGUGCGGGCGGCUCCAGCCGGCGCCCCCUCGCGGGCGGCAGACACGCUGCCCCGCAGCCCCGCAGCCCCGCCGCGGGUCCGAGACGUGGGGGCGCCCUGCGCGCGGGCGGAGGCGGCGGAGUUGAGACCCUCUCUCCCCACCCCCGGGGGGGGGCUGCGGGCCGCGCCGCCGUGCGUGGGGGGUGGAUGUCCUCCCCUGGCCAGGCAGGUGUAGACACCGGGUGCGCUGAAGACCGGCCUCCGGGCUUCUUCUUCGCCGCCUGCUCCACGGCUCUCCGGGGUUGGCCCCUGGGAAGCUGGGGGGUGCUCGCUCCAGUCACCUCUGCUGUCUACGUAGCCCCGGAGCCUCGGAAGAAGGACCCUGCAGGAGGGGGUGGGCAGCUUCCCUAGGGGAAGGGAGACGCAGGCCAGCUGAGUGGGGCCUGGACUCAGAGCCGGAACCAGACCGUGUCCUGGGUGCAACGGAGAAGGAUGUGGAACAAGCAGUCUGGGCUUCCGAGGAAAAAGGAAGCCUUCUUCGGAGCUUUCCCUCUCACCGGGCAGAUCCUUAGCAGUGCCUUCUGGCUCAAGAUGGUGUUCUAAAACAUGUUUCUAGAAAGCAGAAUUUUUCUGGGUCACAAAUGUGGUGGCCUGCAGACUCUCCAAAUGUUCUUAGUUGCAAACCACUAUCUGUAAAAACUUGAGCUUGUGCCUCCAACAUGUUUAUUCGUGCUUAUUUAGGGAUUAUAUGCAUGCACCAGAAUGCUAAAAUAUUAUGUAUUAUGUACAUUAUGAAAGAGAUACAAGUAAA